AUCUUUCUCUUGCGCGUCUCCAGCGGCGCGCCCUGGACGGGGCUUCGAUCAGUGCCUCCCAGUGCAUGGAUGCUCGCGGCAGCUCGGCCGCGAUCCCGGGGAGAUUUCUCCAGGUGUAGGGUAAAUAUUUUGAUCUGGGGCGAGGUGUAGCGAAGCAAUGGGAUGCGUUUUCUCGUCUUGCGCCGGCAAUGAUAUCACGAAGCCAUCGGAUGCUCCGUUCACCACUGUGACAAAUGGCAACCCUGGUGGUGCUAAAGCAAAUGAAGGAGCAAAUAGAGCUGGACAAGCUGCCAGAGUCCAACCGAUCGCUGUUCCAAUGCUUGGCAUUGACGAGCUGAAAGAAGCCACCGAGAAUUUUGGUCCCAAGUCACUUAUCGGCGAGGGAUCCUAUGGUCGAGUUUACCUUGCGGAGUUGCGAAGUGGUCAAGCUGCGAUAAAGAAGCUCGACCAGAAUUCACAGCCUGAUCAGGAGUUCCUUGCUCAGGUUUCCAUGGUGUCGAGACUAAAAAAUGAGAACGUUGUUGAGCUCAUUGGAUACUGUGUUGACGGGCCACUCCGUGUUUUGGCGUAUGAGUUUGCAACGAUGGGCUCUUUGCAUGACAUACUCCAUGGGAGAAAAGGUGUUAAAGGUGCUUUGCCCGGUCCGGUGUUGGAUUGGGCCCAGCGUGUGAAGAUCGCGGUAGGGGCUGCAAAAGGGCUCGAAUAUUUGCAUGAAAAAGUCUCUCCACCACUAAUUCACCGUGACAUCAAGUCCAGUAAUGUUCUCCUGUUCGACGACUACACAGCAAAGAUAGCCGACUUCAAUCUUUCCAACCAGGCUCCGGACACGGCCGCACGGCUUCACUCGACUCGUGUACUUGGAACUUUCGGCUACCACGCUCCAGAAUAUGCGAUGACAGGUCAGCUUACACAAAAGAGCGAUGUCUAUAGCUUUGGCGUGGUUUUGUUGGAGCUCCUCACUGGGAGAAAGCCAGUGGAUCACUCAAUGCCUCGUGGACAGCAGAGCCUUGUAACGUGGGCCACACCCAGACUUAGCGAAGACAAAGUCAAGCAAUGUGUGGAUCCAAAGCUGAAAGGAGAGUACCCUGCAAAGGCAGUUGCCAAGAUGGCCGCUGUUGCCGCUCUGUGCGUGCAAUACGAAGCGGACUUUAGGCCAAACAUGGGCAUCGUGGUGAAAGCGCUCCAACCUUUGCUCACGGCCCGAGCCGCCCCGGCAGCGGAGUAAAUUAUUUAUUUUCGAGUGCUUACCAUCGCUGUCUUGUUCAUAGGUAGGCCCUUGGUUAUCAUUUUGUAAGCAUACGUACGACGAUGCAUUUGAUGGCGCGGCUCUUUUAUCCUCGGUGAAGUUUGGUUUUCCCAACUGAUCCUGUAUCUUCCAUGUUUUCUACAUUGUAGCAGCUGAAAAGAAAAUGAAUAGCGAGGUGGUUUUGGUUUCUGGA